AUGAGCCUCGCCGAGUUUGGGUUCCCCCAGCAGCGCCUGAGAACCGUCUCCGCCCAGCUGCGCGGCAGUCUCGACGACGUCGUCGCCCACCAGGGGUCGCCGAGCCUGGGAUCGCACGCCUGGUCAGAGUGGACACACACAGGCUACAGCCCGGACCGCCAGCCGGGGCAGAACCAGGCGUUCUUCGACCCGUGCGCCGACUUGAUGAGUGAAAACGACUUCGACCCCUCGAGCUCGCUGCACGCCCAGCAGCGCCCGUUCCAGCACGGCUUGGGCUUCGAGGUGCAGAUGCAGAUGGUCGGUAUCGAGGAGGGACCCGCGCACGCCGCCCAGCACUCGCGCGAGGCCUCCAAAGCCUCCCUGGGCACCGGCGCAGACCCGUCGCACUUUCUCGCUCGCCAGGACUCGGCACACGCGCAGCUCGCACAGGCUUACCCCGCAUCGAAUCCUGGCUCGCCGUCUCGUUCCCGCGCCUCGAGCUUGCAGUCUGCGGCAUCGACAUCACUCCAGAUGACCGCCCUCACGUCCCCCGCCUCGCCGUUCUUCCCGAACCCGCUCCCGUCGCCGUUCCACGACCACCGCGGAUCGUUCUCGAGCACGAUUGACCCGUCCCAGUCGCUGCGCGGGUCGAGCCCGAGCGACUCGUCGUCCGUCUCGAACCUCAACAUGAGUCGCAUCGAGUCGAGCUCGGCGACGAGCUCGGUAUACGGCGGCGACAGCGCUUCGACGGCUCCGUCGACUCCCUACCGGUCAGGCUCGCUCUCGCGCCAGAACAGCCAGCGCGACUCGCACCAGAAACACGCGCGGAGACGGUCGUCGCCCAUCAAGGCCGCGAACAGGCACUCGCGCAAGCUGUCCAACGCCGAGCGGAAAGCGAUCUGCCAGUUCCACCUCACCCACCCGGGCUGGAAGCAGGACGAGAUCGGCGCGCACUUUGGAUACGAGCGCAGCACGAUCUCGAAGACGCUCAAGUUCAAGGACAAGUACCUCGCGAUGGAGUCGGACGACGAGACGAGCGCGAGUGCCGUCUCGCGCCUCGCCCAGCAAGAGCAGCAUGGCGCGGGGCCUUCUCUGCGUGGCUCGCAUCGCCGUGCAGGUUCGGACGCGUCAUCGCUGUACGAGACGUCGGCAACCCCUCAGCCGCAGCAGCAGCACCUCCAGCACUCGUCUUCCGUCUCGUCCAUCGUCUCGCUCGACUCGGUCGCCGACUCGACGGCCGCUCCUCCUCCCGGUCUCAUCCCCGGCGGACGCUUCCCCGACAUCGACGCCGCCUUGUACGCCUGGGCGCGCGAGCACGCACCACUCGGCCAACCCCUCAGCGACGCUAUCCUCCAACGCCAGGCUCGCGGCAUCGCCCGCGACCUCGGCGACGAGAAGUUCAAGGCGAGUCAGACCUGGCUCGACGGCUUCAAGCAUCGCGCGAGCAUCAUCGGCGGGACCUUUGCCGACUUGCGAUCGUCCGUUGCUCUGCGGUCCAUCUCGCCUCCCGCGCCUGCUCCGACCCCGACACCCAACUCGCGGCGCACGCUGCCACCACCCGUCGAGGAGGAUGAGGACGUCGCGCAGACUCAGCCGCACGACGACGAGGAGUACGACGUCCCGAGCGGUCUGCGGCGGAGCAAGCGGAGCGUCGGCAGCAAGACGAUUCGGCGGCUCGCGAGCGCCAAGACGACCCUCGCUGCGUUCGCCGACAGCUUGUCGCGGUCUAGCUCGCCCGCCGUCUCGCGUGCUGAGCAGCAAGACACGGUUCACUCGAUGGCGGGGGGCUCGUUCGGCGACUUGUCGAUGGACUCGGAGGCGACGCCGACGCACUCGACUGUGCACUCUCGCGCGUCGACGGAAGUGACAGAGCGCGUCAGCGGACUCGCCCUGCCGUUCUCGUACAGCCCGGAAGGCGCGAGCGGCUCCACCGGCAUGAGCAUGUCGACUCCUUCCCGCCCCUCACAGCACGGCGCGUCGAACCUCGUCCUCGGCGCAGACUACUCGCCGACCGACAUAGGCGGGCACGCGAGCGGCCUCACCCAGCCUUACUCUCCGCACGACCUCUCCGGCUCGGGCGGUCCCUCAAGCUCGUCCUCGCAGUCUUCGCUCGUCAGCUACGGCGCGCAGUCAGCACGCGCGACGCACGGAGCGAGUGCGGGAGCCUCGCCUGCGCCGUCGAUCUACCACCGCCGUUCCGGCUCGACCGCCUCGAGCGUCUCGGUCUACUCGGGCUUGACGGCGUUCUCGUCGCAGAAUCCGGGCACGCCUCUCACCGGAUCGCUCUACGGUUCCUUCCGUGACAGCCAGGGCAACAUCUGCUCGGCGCCGGGCACGCCUGCGAACCCGACCGGCCAGACGGGCUACUUCGGCUCGGAGCAGGCGCAGCUCCAGAGCUCGUUCCUCUCGGCGGGCGCCUCGCACACUCCUUCUUCGCAGUAUUCUCAGGGGUCUUCCGCAUCGUCAUCGGUUUCGUCUCAUCCCCAGCAUCCAUCGCAUCAACAACGAUACCCGCAUCUUCAGGCAUACCCUGCAUCUGCCGACUCCCAGCAGCAGCAGCAACAGCCGCCGCUCCUCACCCGUCGCUCGACCAUCUCGGGCGGCCUCUCGUUCGGCGCGUCGGUCUCGCUCUCGCGCAGCAGCAGCAUCGGCAGCUCGGCCAUGGCGCCGUCGCUCUCGGCGAGUCGCAUGCCCGGACAGCCCGUCACGCUCGAGCAGGCGUUCUCGUCGCUCGAGAUUGCUCUCGAGUACCUCUCGACCCGUGCCGGCCAGGACUACGUCUCGCCGAAGGACCUCAUCGUCCUGUCCGACCUCCGCGGCAAGAUGGAGCGCGCUCGCAACGCCCAGGGCGUCUCGCUCGCCGCCAUCUCGUCGGCGCCGCCUACGCCGUCCGGUCUCGGUCCGUCGUCCGCCUCGUUCGCCGCGCUCAACUCGCCCUUCGCGAUGCACGCCAGCUCGGGCAACAUCGCGAGUCUCGCCGGUCCGCCCAAGCAGCGCCUUCGUCUCUCGCGCACGCAGAGCACGUCGAGCGUGCCGACUUUCGGCGGGUACGCUGGCGGCCUGGCCGGCUCGGUCGAGCGCGGCGUUCUCACUCGUCGGUCCGGCAGCGCGCUCUCGCUACACGAGGUCGACGAGCACUGA